CAUGAUGAAAUAGCAUAAAAAGAUCAGGUAAUUGAAAUAGAAUAAUAAUAGAAAAAGUAAUCGUCGCGUGAUUCAAGUAAUAUAAAUAAUAAAGGAAGACUAUUUAGACUCUUGGGUGAACACAAAUGAGUAUUUAUUGUCAAAAUUAAAUAUUCCCACAAGUCUAAAUUCGCAAGCUCCAGGAUCCAUGCUCGAAAUUCUCUUAGGAAUGUGAA